AUGGAACCUGAUAGCAACUCUUAUUUAGUGGAAAAUAGAGAAGCGACAAGAGGAGAUAUUCGUUUAAUAACAAAACUUGGUUCUCCCUCCUCAGUAUAUUCAAAGGUUCAUUAUAAAAAUGUAUUUACCAAUCAGUCAACAAAUUCUAACAAUUCUUUGAAAACUAAUUCAUCAAAAAAAAUAAAUAAAGAUGCUAUUAAAGUUACUUCUAAGGAAAGGGAAAAUUCAAUAGUGACAAAUUUAUCCAAUUUAUCUAAAAUAUCAAACCCUUCCGAUGAAAUGAUCGAUCAAUUUUUAUCAUUUGAUUCCUCCUUAAUAUCCGAAUCUUUCUCCGCUGAAUCAAACUCAAACUCAAAUAGCCUCAAUUCAUCAGAUAUUCCAUCAUCUCAAAAUCAUAACUCUACAAUAGGAAGUCAUUUUUUAAAAAAUAAAACUAACAAAGGUAUAAUUUCCGAUAUGAAUAAUUUAAUGGAUGACGGAUCUAGUUUUAUUGAUUAUGCUAGGGUCAAUCCAAAACGAAAUCGAGACUAUCAUAAUUUAUUUAAAGAAAUUCCACUAAAUGAAUAUUUGAUUAAUGAUUAUGGUUGUGCUUUACAAAAAGAAAUUUUGGCCCAGGGAAAAAUUUACGUUUCUCUAAAUUAUAUUUGUUUUCACGCCAACAUUUUUGGUUGGGUCACCAAUACGGUUUUACCUUUCUUGGAUAUAACUGCGAUUGAGAAGAAAAUGACCGCAUUCGUAAUUCCAAACGCAAUUCUAAUAUCAACUAAAAAAACAAAGUAUUGUUUUGCAUCAUUCCUUUCACGUGACACGGUGUAUGAAUUAUUCAUGAAAUUAUGGAGGCAUUCAAAUUCUGAUAGUAAUCAAAAAUAUUUGCAAGUUGGACAACAAAAUUUCAAUUCUGAUGAAACAAAUGAAAAUUCAAUAAGCUUAUUAAAGAAUAAAUUAAUAACAAAAUUAUCGUUGCCAAAUAUUAACGCCUACAAAAAAGGUGAUAUGGAUCUAGAAGAAUUUGCAGCAACCUUAAAUAAUACAGUUGCAACAGAAAAAAUCGUAAAUAAUGAACAUACAAAUUACUCUUCGCCAUCUUCUCCGAACCAAUUUUAUUUGAAUCGAAAUCUUAAAAGAUCAAAAUCAGAAGAUAUAGUUACUAAAUCUCCAUUAACCUUACAAGAUAUACAUCAUGAAACGAUUUGUGAUUGCUUAAAAAAUAAACAACAUUUUGAUAAUUUAGUAUUAGAUACUAAAUUUAAAGGAAGUGUUGAAAAAAUUUAUAAUUUAUUGUAUACAAGUGGAUUCAUUGCCGAAUUUUUAACAGAUCUCGAAAAAACUGAUGAUACGAAUUUUGGUGAAUGGACUGAAUAUGACGGCAAAUUAGUCAGACAAGCCAGUUACACAAAACGAUUAAAUAAAGCUAUAAUUAAUAUCGGUCCAAAAACCACAAAAUUUUACGUAAAAGACGAAGUUUUACAUCGAGAUUUUGAAAAAUAUGUAUCAAUAAUGACAUCAACGAAAACACCAGAUGUACCUUCGGGCAGUGAAUUUACGAUUAAAACAAGAACAUGUAUAAUGAUGACUGCUACAAAUAAAACAAGGGUAAUUGUAACUUGCACCUUUGAAUUUUCAAAACCUACGUGGCUUAAAGCAUCAUUGGAAGAUCAAAUAGCAUAUUAUAAAGCAGUAGACACUGCUGUACGCAAAUAUAUUUCACAAAAUCUUUCAGAAUUUGAAACAUCGGAAACAUCAACUUCUUCAAUAUUUAAUGAAGCAGCUAAAUGUGAAGUAGUAAACAAUGACAAUUUUUACGCUACGAUAAAACAAAAAUCCACAAAGAACAAGAAAACGUUGCACUUAAACGAAGAAGUAACAACUACAAAUAAUAAUAGCAUUACAAAUUUUUACCAAACAGUAAUCAAUACAUCAAAACUUACUAAUAUAUUGAGUGUUAUUGAAUUAAGGGUUCCAAAUAUUGAAACCAUUGUUCUAAUCGUAAUCAUAUUAACUUUAAUAAUUAAUGUAUAUAUGUUAAUUAGUUUAAAAGAUAUAACACAUCAAAUUAAAUUUAUUGAGCAACUUUCAGGGCAAAAGGACCACAUCAUUGAAUUUGAUAAUAUUCAUUACACUUUAAUUGAAUGGUUAAAUGAAUUGAGAAAACGACAAUUGUUUUCUAUUUUGAAAGGCUCGUAG